CGUAGGAAAAGUAAAUAAUAUACACCCGCUGACCGUUAUUUCACACUGAACUGACUGGCACACGCGCUGCCUGGACGAACAAUAACAAAGCACGGUGCUGACUAAGCGGCGAAAGUGAUUGCAACAAAGUCCAAUCACUAUCACUCGCCGCCUUCCAUGGAGACCGACACCAGCGCGGUGCUGCCUCAGGCGGGCGCACGCCACAUGCCGCCCGAGGAGCUGGCCAUGCAGGCGCUCACCAAGCAGCUGUACAAAUCCCGUCUCUUCCGGGGUCACUACAUGGAAAGGUGUUUUGUGGAGCAGCUGGGCGGCUACAGGGACGUGGUGGUCCUCCAGCGCAGCGAGCGGGAGCUGGAGAAGCUGCUGCACUCCACGGCCGGCCAGCUGCAGAGAUUCUACCAGCGCUUCGUGCCCAACAUGUGGGUGGGCAUCACCUGCGGCAGCUAUGGCAGCUACCAGCACUCUCCGCAUCCUGGUCAACUGGAGACAUGCAUCUGGACAGAGAUCAGCGACCUGGCUUUCGGAGAGUAUUGGUUCAGCAUCAGGUCACUGCGCUUCCGGGACCAGGAAGUCCAGUUCAAGCUGAAGAUGGUGCGACCCGUGGAGCCAGAGCCACUGCUGACACCGCGCAGAUCGGUGUCCAGCAACAGGAGGAGCCCCGUCAAGGCAAUCACAUCGGGGGAGGGAGGUUCCACCACGACGGACGAAGUGGCGGAGCAGCUGCAACUGGGCCUCAACGACUUUCUGCUCGUUCUACAACAGUGGGGCGAUGGGGUCAAGCAAACGGUGUACGACUUCAUGGCCAACGAUGUGAACAAGCGCAACAUUAUGGGAACCAUUCGAUUUCUGGGCCUGCUCAUCUUCUCCGCCUUGGGUGGAGCUGCGCUGGCCCUGCGAUUCCUGGGCGUCUUUGCUGUGCGCUUCCUGUUCGAACUGAGCCGCUUCACCCACACCGCCACGCCCAUAGUCUUCAAGCUCAUUGAGUUUCUGAACAAGAUUGUGGGGGCCUUCUUCAUACUGCUCACCAUGAUCUGGAAAGAUCUCGUCAACCGUGGCCAGCCGGUGGCCGUGCCGAAGCAGCAGCUGGAGGCGAGCAGCCGCUUCAAGAGCAUCCAAUACGAACGUUCCGAGCCCCACCGACGGAGUCCGCGCUGGUGACCCGCCGCCAAGGGCAAAUGCGUCUAGCAAUCGGUGUGUAAUUAGUCCAGGGUGGAAGGGCAUCGUAUAAUCAUUGAAAUUGUGUUACUAGCCGUAAGCCAACCGAGAUCAAUCCCACAAAACCCGCUUCGAGUUCGAAGGGGGGGCACCUAUGAGAUUUCCCGAUUUUAGCCAAAUGCAAUAUUGUAAAUUAUUUAAUUGGCCUGCCAGCCGGCAAACACAAUCGCAUGCUUAUUAACUCGCACUGUUAAUUCAUCGUGUAUUGUCCCAAAUUGUGUUUUACUUAACCCCCUUUAGUGCUUAGGUCCUGUAAUUUAUGUACCGAAAAUUAUUGUGAAUAAAUUGAAUGCAAUAUGCGAGAAUCGAAAUGAAA